AUGAUGCGGAUUGCAGUCGCCGGCGGAAGGGGCUUCGGGUUUCUGCUGGCGACAGAAUUGGCACAGGCGGCGAAUGCGUACAACGUUGUUGUUCUAUCAAGAUCUGCAAGGCCCGAAUUCGACCAGUUCGACGUCCAAGUUCAUGUCGUAGACUACCACGACCACAACAGCCUGGGUUUCGCGCUCCAAGGGGUCGAUCUGGUCAUAUCAACGAUAUCCGGCACCGAACAGCUGAAUCUCAUCGACGCUUCCGGGCGCGGGCGCGUCCGCAUGUUUGUCCCCUCAGAAUUCGAAGGGUCCCUUGGCCGACGGCCCUCACGGAAUGAUGCCCUAGAUCGCGGGUCCUCGCAAGCGCUUGCUCUGCUAAACCAGUGGUCUGAAUCGUCACGAAUGAAAUAUACCAUUUUUUCAUGCGGCCUCUUUAUGGAGCGAUUUCAUCCUUGCGGCAUUAUCAAUACCUUUGGCAUUGGUCACGGCUCUGGCGUGGGCGGUCCUGGGGAAUUUCUCUUCAAUUCUGGCACAGCCACGGCCGAGUAUCCGGAACAGGAUUCCAAAGGGCAUUCAGUGCGCGUCUGCCUCACAUCGGUGUACGACGUGGUUCGAUACAUCGUGGCAGCUGUCGACCUGGGGCCCUCGCACUGGCCCCGAGAGUAUACCAUGUUCGGGGACCGGAUGAAAGUCCGAGACCUCAUCACCACAUACAGCACCGCUUGCAAUGCGGUGUUUACACGGCAUGUCCAGCAGCCCGCAGAACUCGAAGCCUUUCUCACCUAUUAUGCUCAACUGGGCGACUAUGACAAGGUGGCAUACUACCAGAGGCUCCUUGCGACAGCCAACGGGCGAUACGAUUUCUCACAGGCGACACUAAACGAAGCCGUCAACCGGAGCAAUAGCGUCAACGUCCAGCCAGUGACAUUCGGCGCCUGGCUGACGAGCGUAUGGCAAACAUUUUAGCGGAAAGCCAUGGCACGGAGUUUUUUCUUUCUUUGCUGUCUUUUUUUGGGGGGGCGGAGGCUUUUCUUCUGCUUUUGAUUGGCAUGAAAACGACAUGGAUUGGCGCCGGCGUUGCGUCAGGCUUUGGUUCAUCCUGCACCCCCUCGAGGGGAAACACACAAAAUCGUCCAUGGCAUAGUCUGGAUACCGGGCCAACGAGCUGGAGUGAUAUAAAAGCGUCAGACGCAGCAUUUAUCGAGCACUUGCUCGCAGCGGCCUGUAACUAAUAGAUACGAAGUGUUCUUCGAGCCUGUCCUGUCACACAAAGAGUAGUAGCGAUAUGGGGGGGGCAAUUGGAAAGUAGCAUGAUACCCAGCACCAAUCUCCGCAGACUACGGCCCAAAUUGAUCUUGGGAGGUGGCCAGGCCAAGCCGUGCCCUCAUACAGUACGGCAGGCAGCCAAAUUGGAGUUUCGUCCGAUUCGUCUGAUUCGUCUGUCGUCCCUCGAUGUCUCAGACUCGCAGCCAUUCCAUCGGGGCGGUGGUCGUAAGCGCUCACCAGCGUCAUUCAUUAGUCGAAUCCGCAAAGGAGUUGCUGGCAGCAAGUCAUUGGACCUCCGCCAAGUGCGCGCAAGCCACGGAAGCUGGAAGCGACAGUCUCACACACGCCUUGAAGGACUUUCGAAUUGUGAAAGAAGAUGCUUUCGGGGAAAAUGGAGAGGGAAUUACAAAGUUAGAAGAACAAGUUUUUUUCUAUGAGGGCAGCUGACAAGCGAGCUGAAAAAAGGCCCUGGCAGAUAGUCGCGUUAGCACGGAGCCCGGCAGGGGCCAUCGUCUGUACCUGCCGUAGGUGGCUGCUGUUGAGUGCCUACGGUGAGCUCCCGCCUACGAAAUAUGGGCUGUCCUUGCAUGCACCGCUCCUUGGGCGCUGGUCUAGUGCCUGUGCAUGUCAGCUCCAGGGCCCACAGCGGUCUUGGCCAGCGAUGCUUCGGGGGAUUUAGCGGUGGCGGCGGCUGUCGGCUAAUUCUGGUGGGUUCAGCUGAUGUCGUGCUUGAAGCAGUUGAUCUCAAUGCUUCAACCCUUGGUAGAGAGCAGUUGAAUGGGCGGUAAAGGAAUAAUGACAAGGAGAGAUUGAAUAACAGAGAAGU